AUGGUAUCAUCCGAAGAUCUCGCUUCUUCACCUCCUUCGCCUUCCUCUCAGCCUCCGCCUGCUCCUCUUCCCACCACCGCCUCAGCUCCACCUCCGUCACCUUCGGCACGAGUAUCGACACCCGGUUCGCCUUCUUGUCCACCUUUUUCAUCGCCUUCUCGAGCUCCUUCUCCUCCUACUUCGCCAACCUACGUGCCUCCGCCUGAUACGCGGCUGCUUCGGCCCUCUUUUUGGCCUCUUCCUCCUUCUUCUUUGCAGCUCGUGACUUGGAGCCCUCGACCUCUUACCAGUACUGAUCUUCCUUUUGUCGAGUCUCCUUCUCCUUGGUGUUCACCCCAUCUUCUUCAGCAUCUUACUUAG